AUGCGUACUUAUUAUGUUGGACUUUUUACCUUUUUUACGGUAAAUAUUGAAUCUGCCCAAACCGAUGCACCACCAUCACAAUCGAAGGUCCCAUUUAGCCCUAUCCGAGUUUACAAAGUCACAUUAUAUUUGCUUAAUUAUUUGUACGAAAUGAUAACUGAAUUCAUUCCAUCAAUGCUUGAAUAUUUCUGGCAUAGAUUGUCCAGUCAAAGAAUGAAAAUUUCAAAUAAUGAUCAUCGAUAUGGACCUAAUAGAUCCAAUAAACUUGAUGUAUACUCUAAUGACCGGAUGACAGGAUCUCCCGUAAUUAUUUUUAUCAACACUGGAAUCCGUGCGAGUAGCGUGCCAAUAGCUCAAAAUCUUCAUAAACAAGGAUAUGUUGUGGUGGUUCCAGAUAUUACUCUAUAUCCAAAAGGAAAGAUUACAGAAAUGGUUGCGGAUGUUCAACAUUGUAUUUUCUGGACAAGCACUCGUAUAAGAAAAUAUGGUGGUGACCCCUCGCAAAUUUAUCUUAUGGGGCAUUCUACGGGAGUAUUAAUAUCAGCUUUGACAGUGAUUCAUGACGUGUGUUCCUCUUUAAAUAUUCUUCCUAUCAAUAAUAGCGAAGUACAAAUUCCUAUUUGGGAUAAAGGAAUUCGUUUACCUAGACUUCAAGGUUUGAUAUUUUUUUCGGGAAUUUACGAUGUAACUUAUUAUUAUGCAUAUUUGCAUCAUCUCGGAUUGGAACAAAUUCACUCUAUGCCACGAGUAAUGGGAAAUACUCCCGAAUCCUUACUUCAAUGUUCACCUUCAUAUUUACUUAACCAUGCACUAAAUAACAUGAGAGAUCGUUUAGAUGAAUUAACAAAUUUGUUACCGAAAAAGGUUUUAUUGAUUCAUGGUGCACAGGACACAAUUAAUCCUCCAGUAUCCACUCAAAACUUUUUCUAUCUAUUAGAGUCGGUAGGAAUAUCGUCAGUGCAACUUAAAAUUUACGAAAAUACUAAAUACAUUAAUCCGCUUAAAGAUUUGAUUAUACCAAACAAGAAAUUAUGCAAACUUUUGUCAGAGGAUAUCAAAGAAUGCUGCCAAAACAAUAAUAACCUUGUAAUAAUGAACGAAUAUUUGAAUGAAAGAAGAGGAGGGGGAGAAAGCGGAGAAGCAACAGAAAAAACAAAUGGAAAUGAGAGGAGCAGAUCGAGGAGAUCAGUUCGCAAUUAA